CCGUGGGAAUGUAAAUAGCGCGAUAUCUACAGUAAUACAGGUUAUUUUGCUUCAGACUUCUUUCAUAUUGUUUUCGUAAUAUAUUAUUGGGGUCGAUACACAGUUAUAAGUGAAAAACGUCUUUCCUAAUGAGUUCUAAAUUUGAAUGAUAUUUUUACUUUUCUCUAUAAUUUGAGAUACUGGUAAGCAUUUUUAAGUUCCUCGCUGUUCCUAUCCAAAUUGUGUCCUGCAAUGCCCCAGUGUUUUAAAUAAAUAAAUACAUAACUAAUUAAUUAAAUAGUUGUCUGUUGACUCUGAGUGGUCGAAGAAUUAUUCAUUGUUUUUUUGGGAUUCACAAAUUGCUUUGGCAUUGGGUGGUUUCAGUUCGAUUAACUCGGCCUAUCCGUGGUGCAUGAUGGGAAAGCGCGCUGUUCAAAAUAUACUGGACAGAGAAGGGAGAGAGAGUUGAAAAACAAACCUCUGAACACGUCGGGAGGGUUGUUUUGUUAUCGUUAUUCCUACCGCUAUCGGUAACCAUGGAGGGUAAUCCAAGCAGGGGGACCCCCAAUAAGAACUUUACACCCAAGCAAGCUCCAAACAACUUGUACCGAAGCUAUGGUGCAGGAGCAGGAUUGACAUCUGUGCGUAAAGGCAAAUUAACUUCCCUGAAACUCCCAACGAGCAGGGAAGUACCUAAAGCCUGGGACCUAUCGGAAAAAGACCCAGAACAGAUUUCUAAAUUGACUCAGAAGAACUGGAAUCUGUAUUAUGUGACUCCAUUAUAUAAGUUUUUAUACACGGGGCUUAAGUCCUAUUCCAGGCAGCUCUCUGCCUUCAUAGUAGCAGAGAAACAGAAGGGCAUUGCAGUAGAGGUGGGACUUGACACCAACUUCAAGGUGAACUUCUCCAUAAUCCAAGGGUUGGCUGAAAUUGAAGAGGAUGCAGAGGCUGUUUUCAUUCAGAUUUGUUCUAAGCCCAAGUUUGCCACAGAGGCUGCGGCUGAGACAGUGGUGUGGAGUGGAUGGCUGUCUUGUGUUAAUGGCAAUACAGAAUAUCUGAGCUCCCUGCCACCAGAGUUCACCUGUUUACCCCUGUUUUGUGCUAAUGGAGCUGAGACUAUGACUGCACUGGUGACUACCUGGUUCCAGAGGACCUUUGACUGUAACUUUGGUCCACUGCGCAUUGGCUUCAACAGCCUUUGCUGGUUAGCAGCAAUGUGGACUGGCUGUGAGCCUGAGAUGGGCAUCCGGUACCUGAAGUUGUCCUGGAGCCUACCUUGUAGUCCUCCACUAAGCAUCUCCUUCACUGUCCACCCAGGGGAUGCUUGGGAGUUGUGGAGAAGCAUCAGGCAGGAUCAGGUCAGAAUGACCAUAGAGGAAGUGGACCAGUUUAUGAGCUGUCUAGAGUCCCAUUUUUUCAGACAUUUUAAAAUAUAUUUGUCAGCUGGGGAGUUAACUGAUGUGUCCACAUCUCUUGGAUCAGCUCACAGAGAUGGAAAAAUAAAGUUCAUGAGUAGUCACUACAUGCCUGGAAUCCUGACGCUUCUUACAGAAAGUGCAUUUGUAAUGAUGCCCAUUUAGGCUUCUAAGGAACAAGAGCUUCUCGAACUUUGAAUUG